AUGUCGCUCGUGGACGACGCACCCCACCCCACCGACAUUGCGCUCCAGGAGCUAGGCGAGCGGCCAGCAGCCUCGCCCGCAGAGGACCACAACGAGAGCCCCGUCACUCCCACCGCACCUGAGCCAGAUCGCACUUCGGAAGACCACGACACAACCGACGCGGCCGACGGAGACAUCGAAAUGACCACGUCAACAGACAACGCUGACACGCCCGCCGAGGACACCGCCGCGACCGACUCGGGCAAGGAGAAUGUCAAGGAGGAGAGGGAGAACGGCCACUCGGCGAAGGACGCUGGCGGCGUCAAGAAGAUCCUCAAGAGCGGCGUCUUUGGAGCUUCCCCCAAGGCUGUCGCCUCCGCUCGCAAGCCCGUUUCCAAGGCUGGCUCCACGACUUCCGCUGCUCCGAGAGUUUCACUCGCGAACCGCAAGCCCCUCACUGCCCCGACCGCUGCCUCGGCCGCUCGCACCGCCGGUCAGGACAAGGUGCCCCCUCCCCGCCCAAAGACGGCUUCCUCCUCUUCGACCGGUCCUGGCUCACCAGUCAUUCGUCCCCGUUCCCUCACCUCCAGCACGAGCACGGCCACCGCCCCGACGGCUGCAUCUGCGUCUAAGCGCCCGAGCAUGGGCCCUGGUGCGGGCGCAACUGCCACGUCGACUGCUGCCCCUCGCGUUCGUCCGAGCACCACGAAACCUGCAGUGCCAUCAGCGCGUGCCGCAGGGUCGAGCACGGCCGCAUCGCGUACCGGAGCGUCGAGUGCCACUGCCCCCACUGCUGCGGCCCGGGCGCGCACUACCCCAUCUGCGUCUGCUCCCAAUGGCCUGAGCUCGUCCACGGCCUCCACGCGAACAGCCACCUCUGCCUCUACCGCGAAGCCAACGACGCCCGCCGCCAAGCCCCGCGCCAGCUUGUCUGUGUCGGCUAGGACGUCGACCGCCACCAAGCCUACUGCUGCCUCAGUUGGCCACCGCGCACGUGCGAGCACGGCGGCUUCGACCGCUGGAUCGAUCCGCGCCUCUGCCUCGUCGACCUCGGGCUCGGGUGGAGCCCUCCAGACUCGUAUUGAAGGUCUCACCAAGAAGUUCGAGGAGGAGAAGGCUGCCCUCGAGGCGAAGAUCGCUGAGAUCACCGAGGAGGGUGCCAAGAAGCUCGAGGAGGAGAAAGGCCAACUCGAGGCUUCCCUCGCCGAGAUCACCGCUCAGCGUGACGAGUUACAGGCUAGCAUCACCAAGAUUCAGGAGGAGCUUGCGAACGCCAAGUCUGCCCACGCCGCUGCCGACGACAAGGUGAACAAGCUGCAGGAGGAGAAUGCGCGCCAAAUUGCCGAGGCGGAGAGCUCUAGGGAGGCUCUGGUAGCCGAGCGCGAGAGCCAGCUCCAGGAGUUGUCAACUGCCCGAGACGCUGCCCAGUCGGAUCUCAAGACGUCACAGGACAAGCUCGCUUCCGCCGAGAAGGCCCACGCCACCGUAGAGGCUUCGCUUGCUUCCCUUCACGCCGAGCUCGCGGCGAAGACGAAGGAGCAUGAGGAGCACGUCGCCAAGACGAAGCAGGAGGUCGCUGCUCUGCAGGAGCAGCUUUCCAAGGUCACCUCCCUCAAGGACAAGCUCGAGGCCGAGAUCGCCGAGGGUGCCGAGGAGGCUGAGAAGAGCAUGGCCGGUCUCCAGGGCAUGGAGGGCAAGGUCAAGGACCUCGAGGAGCAGGUCGAGGAGCUCCAGGACAGCUUAAAGAAGGAGCAGACCGCCCGCGAGACUGAGCGCAAGAGCUGGGAAGAGGAGCGCGCCUCGUUAAAGAGCGAGCUUGAUGGUCACGCCCAGGCUAAGAAGGGCCACGAGGAGGCUCUCGCCAAGGCGGCCGCGUCCUCCGAGACCAAGGACAAGGAGCUCAAGGCGUUGAAGGAGGCGCACGACUCCUUAUCCUCUGCUCACACCGAGCUCACCUCGAAGAGCGCCGCACAGGAGGAGACGAUUGUCGACUUACAAAAGCAGCUGGAGAAGGCUUCGGCUGGAAAUGCUAACACCGAGGGCCUGCGCGCCGAGCUGGCCAAGGUCGCGGGUGAGCGCGACUCUCUCAAGGCCAAGCUCGAUGCCAGCGGCGCGACUGUCAAGCAGCUCGAGACCUCGAAGUCUGAGGCCGACGGCAAGAUCAAGGAGCUGCAGGCAUCUGUCGCCAAGCUCGAGGAGACUGUCGCCUCACUGAAGGGUGAGCACGAGAAGAGCCUCGCUUCGGCUACCAAGUCGACUGAGGAGAAGGUCGCCGCCGCCAAGAAGCAGGCAGAGGAGGCUGCUUCGGCCUCGCACGCUGCCAAGAUCAAGGAGUUAGAGACGAAGCACUCCGAGAAGCUCGCCACCAUCUCUAAGGAAGCCACGGAGAGCGCCGCUGCCUCACACGCUGCUGAGCUUGACGCCUUGAAGAAGGAGCACGCCGAGAAGCUCUCUGCUGCCGAGAAGUCUGCCGGCGCUGCUGAGUCCAAGGCCGUCGAGGCUGCCGCCAAGAAGCACGCGGAGGAGCUUGAGGCGCUCAAGGCUGAGCAUGCGCACACCCUUGAGGCAGCCAAGAAGUUCGCCGUGGACUCUGCUGCCGCCGGACACGCGAAGGAGAUCGAGGCUCUCAAGGCUGCUCACCAGAAGGAGGUCGCCGACCUGUCCAAGUCCGCCAAGGAAUCAGCCGCAAAGGAGCACACCGCCGAACUCGAGAAGACCAAGAAUGACCACGCGACUGUCGUUGCGAACCACUCGAAGGAGCUCGAGACGCUCGCUGCUUCGCGCGCCGAGGAGCUCAGCAAGGCCAAGGGCGGCGCCGACACCAAGCUCAAGGAGGCCGAGGCUGCCCUCACUGCUGCGACCAGCGAGCUCGAGGAGCUCCGCAAGAAGCUGACCGCGGCCUCGCUGGAGCUCGAGACCGAGAAGACUGCAGCGAAGCAAUCGACCGCCACCAUUAACGAACUUCGCACCAAGAUCGACCAGCUCUCUAAGGAGAGAGGUAGUCAGUCACCCGGUGGAUCUAAGGACGCCGCCGUCGCCCAGCUCCGAAAGGAUCUGCAGGCUCGCUCGGAGGAGCUCGAGGGCAUGAACGUCUUUGAGCGCGCGCUCGCCGACGCCAAGACCGAACACCAGGCUGAGCUCGCCGCCGCGACACAACGCCUGAACAGCACCAUCACCAACUUGCAGGAGGAGCUCAAGACGGAGCGCGCCGAGAAGGCGUCUGCCCUUCAGCAGGUGAAUGAGUUAGCCGCUCCUCUCGGAGUAGCCGCCCCGAUUGGUGAUUCGCCCCGCACGCAGCAUAUCGCGCAGCUCGAGGACACGCUCGCCAACCUCCGCCUUGAGAUCGAGCGUCGCGACGAGGAGGCUGCUGCCGACCCGUCCAAGCGCUCUAGCGACGGACACGCCGGUGACGACGCCGACGUCGAGGACGACGCUGUCGAGGAGAUCGUCGAGGAGCCCGCGGCGGCCACCUCGGCGUGA